UAACAACUCCGCGUCAUGAGGCAAGCCUUCGUUGCUCGAUAAAGUGCACUCUCUCAUCGUAGCUUGUGAAAAAUAACUGGAACAUAUCCCGAAUAUAUCGGACAUAAUCAAUCCACAUAAUUUAUAAAAGCGAAUACAAAUAUAGUCAAAGAUAAAAAAAAAUAGAGUACAGUGUAUCGAUUGGGGUGUUGCUAUAAAUGCAGGAUAUCAUUCAAUGAAAAUUAUAUUCUCGUAAAGAUACUUACCAGGUAUAAAGUAGGGCGCAAGUGACUUCAAGUUUAGUUUGCCGAUUUCCCGGAAGCGCUUAACGCAAGCUGGGCUAUGUUUUACAGCAUGGGACCAUAUACUGAGAGGCGUCCUCGUUUUGACUUGAUUUCCAGACCGAACUUAUUUAAACCUCAGAUGAACGUCGGUUGAAUGCAUUAUCCUUACUGAAAAUGCAAACGUAUGAAAAAGAGAUUGAAAUAUUUGGAUUAAAACUAGAAAUGUUUUCAUUGGGCUUCGUGGGUCAGAAAAACGUUGCUUUGCAUACACGUUGCAAGAGUUUCUACCUACGACAAGUGUCCGUGUUAUGUGAUAAGACACGUUCGGGAUAACAGCUUCGUGUAUCGUGCCUGACCUGUUGCGGCUCGUUAUUUGCUCGCCGAGCCAUACCAAAAAUCUCGUUGAAAGACGAUUUCCGCGCAAAGUACUUCUAGAACAAACAUAACAGAUUCCAACCGUUUUCAUAAACAAGAUUAUUACAUACUACAGUAUUAGGUAACGUGCACGAUUUGUCGACUUUUUUUUAAUUCGCAGGAGAUAUAGGAGAUUUAAAGGAGACUAGAGGGUACAAAUAUUAUUUAGCUUCUGCAAUACAUAGUAGUUGUCUUGAAGGAACGAACAAGUACAUUGUUGUGAACUUUGAUACCGUCAACGUUAUACUUGUUUCUUUAGAAUUGGCAAGCUGUGAGGAAUUGUGGAACGGGGACAAAAAAAUUGACAGCCUCACGUUUAUCGAUAAGUUCAUUUACAAUGGCCGCACCGACGGACAUAGAAUUUAGAAAGGCUCAGCAAAAAGUCACAGAUUUUGUAACAAAAUUAAAGAUAUUAGGUGGCCCCAUUAAAAGUACGAGCGUCGCAAACAUUCAAAAGUGGUUGAAGCAUGUGAAUAUUGGCAUUCCUCCGUUGGACAAGGCGCUCAGGAGCCUUCGUGUUGAAAAAACGCAAGGGUAUUUAACAUUCAAUGGGGCGCCGAGUGGUGCGUUAUACAAAAUGUUCCGCGCGGCCGAUCUCACCGGAAUCAUAAAAUUGUCAAAGUUGAAAAUUGCGAUUCGAGCGAGCGACAAAUCAAUGUUUGAUGAACUCACAGCUACAUAUCCGGAGAAGUUGAUGCAGGAAAUGCGUCAAGCCGUAACAGAGGCAAGACGCAAACAUCCUGGCCUGAACCCAAAGACUGUUGCAUUAAGAAAUAUACCCGGAGAAUGGGAGGGCUCCCUCGAGAAUUUUGGGGACACAGGAACCUCUGUCGGUAAUUUGUCCCCCUUUAAUGAUUCAAAAAAGGGAUGCUGGAUGUACACUACUAAAGGUGUGAAAGCAUGGUGUAAAGUGAAUGAUUACUCAUUCUUAGAGAGUGCAGCAAAUGAGUUCAAAAAAGAAUUCUGCAAUACGCCAAUGAAUCACUAUCACGUAACACUUGUGAUUAUGGCCAUUGUCAAUAACGACGACAACAAUAAUCCUCUAAAAAAGAGACUAGCUGAUGCAGUCAACAUUGAUGUUCGAUAUCUUAGCUCAAAAUUGGAAGACAUGCUCAGAAAUAAAUUUGAGGUUCUUAAAGAUUUUGUUAAAAAACUCCAUGAAACUAAUCAGGUGCCAGAAUUUGAAGUUUGCGGUUUGCCUAAUUUGGCACUUAGAGGAAGCACCAUGCCAAAAAAAUGCCGCAUGUGUGAUUCAACUGCGUGUCCGGAAAGUACUCAAUCCUUUGCUGAAUCUCAAUGGUCUGGAGAUAUAGCAUCUACAUGUAUUACAAGCGAUGCAGCAUGGAACGCACUUCAAGGUGGUUCUGCGGCGUCGCCGUCUCCCGAAAAGAAGCCCGAAACCAAAAAAAGCGAUACGGCUGAUACUAAACGGGCAGUUGUCAGUGGAAUAUCUGCCAUAAGCGCAUCAGCUUUUUGUGGGAGGGUUGGCAAAGUUACAGGGGCUGGCUGUGGCUUGUCCGCAAUAUGCAAAGUAUGCAGAGGUAACAAUAAAAAUAAGGGAUCAGGUGGUGGUUCGGGGCAAUUAAGUGGAGGGAGUUGUAAGAAAGAAAACAGUGGUUCGAAGCAGGAAGGACGCAGUUGUAAUAGAGAAAAUGGAAGUUGUAAGAAAGCAGGAAGUGCUUCGAAGCAAGAUGGAGCGAGUUGUAAUACAGAAAAUGGAAGUUGUAAGAAAGCAGGAAGUGCUUCGAAGCAAGAUGGAGCGAGUUGUAAUACAGAAAAUGGAAGUUGUAAGAAAGCAGGAAGUGCUUCGAAGCAAGAUGGAGCGAGUUGUAAUACAGAAAAUGGAAGUUGUAAGAAACAAAAUGGAAGUGGUUCGGGAAAGAAUGAUAAAGGUGGUGGUGGUAGUUCGGGGAACACUAAAAAGGGCGGUGAUACUAAAAAAGGUGGAGAUGAUGGGGCGAAAAGUGGGAGUGGUUCAAAAUAAUCAACUAAAGAUAAUCUAACGUAACAUACCAUGUUUAAGAGUAAAACAGAAACAUCUACAACUGAGAGAAAACCUAAGGAAAAGUAUGGUAUGUGAAAAAGAAAAAUCAUACCCAAUUGACUUCAUAUGCAUUUACACAGCACGCCAAUGAUAUGCUGCCGUGGGAAACAUCACUGAGGAGGGAUUAUCGAAUCUUCCAACAAUUUUCCUGCAAUUGCCGUUGAUUGUUUAUGAUGCACACUGAAAACAGCUGAAUUCAACGGCUAUUGUACUCGAAUCAGUAAUCUUAACUUGUACAUGUAUUAUUUAACAUUUUU